AUGGGGAAAAUCGUCGUUGAAAUCUGUUUGAUAUCAGCUCGAGGGCUACGUGUCGGAACCGGAAUCGGAUCCUCUCUACUGAAACACCAAUGGUACGCGGUUGGUUGGAUUGAUCCAGAAGACAAAUACUGUACCACAAUCGAUGCUUCAAGAUCAGACAAUCCUGUCUGGAGAACAAAGUUUUCUACUUUACUCGACGAUGAUUCGGGGAUUCAGGAUUCGAAAUCGGCUUUGCACGUUGAGGUUUAUAGCAGAGAACCCAUCUUCUUAAGGAAGAAGCUUCAUGGCUCUGCUACUGUUUCUUUGAAGGAGUUUCUGGCUAAGUAUAAGCAGCAACAGAGUUCUUCCAAAUCUGUUAUUGAUGAAACUGGAAGUUAUCAGCUUAGGAAGACCAACUCUAGUAAGCCUCAUGGUUUUGUCGAUGUUUCGAUUCGUAUAUCUUCAGAAAGAGAGGAUUUUGGGGCUUUUACUGGAGAUAUUGGAGGAGUCAUGCUAUCGAACAACUCGGAUUACAACACUUCAGGACAGAAUUACAUGGCUGGUUCAUCGCAGCAGCACCCAUUUGCUCCAAUGAACCAGUCGAACAAUUCAAAUCAGUUCUCAAUUCCGCCGUAUAACCAACACUCCUCAAUGCCUAAACCACCAGUGAACAAUCCUAACCCACAAAUGCAACAACCUUACUAUCCUCCACCAAUGCAACAACCUCACAAUCCUCCACCAAUGCAACAACCUUAUUAUCCUCCACCAAUGCAGCCACCACCACCUCCGAACGCAGGCUACAUGCCUACAUACAUCCCGAGAUCAGAGAACGUUGUGAACAUUGCAUCAUUGUCAUCUGGAGGAGCACCAGGAGGAGCGGGAAGAGGAUAUGCAAGGCCUGGGCCAGGGUUUGGUGCAGUGGUAGCUGGUGCAGUACUUGGAGGUAGUGCAGCUUUAUAUGGCGGCGAGUUUAUGUCAGGAGGAUUCGACUUACCUUCGAGCUUAUCUCUCCCAAGCAUUUCCAUUGAUCCUCCAUUCUGA